CGAGGUUAAAAUUCUCUUUUCAAUCGAGUAACAGAAUACUGGCCGUAACUUACAUUUAUCUGCACCUGUCUAUCCAGAGACACUUCUAGGCUCCAACAAACGCCCUCCAGCCGCUUAUUAAGCAAUAAAGAUGAAGAUCGAGAACAGCCUGCCAUGUCACCAGCUCCCGGAGGUGCAUCCCCACAACGAAUUACAGUUCACUGUAGCCACUGAAGAGGAUUUUGAUGACAUCAUGGCUAUAAGCCAGGAUAUCUAUGGGGGUCUAGACUAUCUUCCGAGCCGUUUUCAGGCAUGGCUGCAGGAGACCAACCGCACAGUCAUCCUAGCACGCAAGCAAGGCAAAGUGAUUGCACUUGAGUCAGUGUGUGUUAUUGAUGAUGGGGAGACGAUGCUGGUGGAGGGGCUCCGUGUGGCACCUCAGGAGAGGGGCAAGGGAGUGGCCGGGGUACUGCUCCGCUUUUGCUCACAGCUUGUGAAAGCCAAGCACCCUGAAGUUAAAGUGAGCAGACUGACCAGAGAUGACCAACUGGGGGCCAAGGACUUCCAGAAGUACAGGCUCAUCACCAAACAGGGAAUCCUUCUGGUCCGCUUCUGUGCUGAAGAUUUAAAGCUACGCAUUGCUGAGCUCGGGCUAAACAUGGGCAGUGCAGGAGAUGGCUUGCACCCUUCCAGCACACCAGUGCGUUUGGAGCCGGAAGAAGUUAUCCAGAUCUUUUUGAACAAUGGAGUGAUGCAGGACAUCUUACCUAAUGGCACAAUUGUGCAGGACUGGCAACCCUUCAAGCCUCUGUCCAGCAACAUGGCGAUCCUGCUGAAGAAGGACAUCGACUGGAUGGUGGAUGACGUCAGCUGCCCAUCUGUGGCUAGCCUAUGCACGUUCCCCAUCCGUGUGCCUAUAGGCAAUGACUGGUACUACCUCAACAUUGACAUGUUUGGCAAAGACCUGACCCUGGCUCUGCAGCAACUAGUGUGCCAUCUGAGGAGCCACACCGAUACACUGAAGGGUCAUGUGAUGUGCCAGGUGUUCCUGGAUCCCCCAUUGUGGAGGCCCAUGGCUGACUUCUUCAAGGAGACCCUGAAAGUGGAGCUGGUGAAGGAAUAUACUGAGCAGUGUGUGGUGGAGUCUGAUGUUGUGUAGCACAAGGAGGGAUGCCAACUAUGAAUGAGAAACUAAAGAUGCCCCUCUCCUCAUAUCCAGACACCAAACUCAAAUUGGAAGAGCUUUGACAUCUCUCAGAUGGUUUCCUUUCAUAUCCUGCCCCAGAACAAAACAUUAAACUCCUAGACAUAACAAAACGUCCUUCUAGAUAAAUUUAAAUUUUCUUGAAGUCUCACAGUUAGUUUAAAACAUCUAUAGUAUGGUUUCAAUUGCAAGAAAAUGAAACAACAGAUUAUUAAACUAGAAUAAAACUUAACAAAAUACGCUUGUUAGGAUACAUAACUUAUUUCAGUAUGCAGUAUGGCAUGUGUGCAUUGACACAUGCUCAGUUGCAAAUAAGACUGCACAAUCUUUAAGGCACUUUAUGAUAAUCUAAAUGGGAUAUUUCACUUUAGAUAGUGAGAUGGUUGCUUUAGAGACUACUUUGUCUGAAUGUUGCACUGUAGCUGCUAAUAUUGAGGGUAAAAUAAAAUAUAACUGCAUCUCAUUAUUACUCAUAGAAUACCCAGAAGGAAAUCUAGAAUACUCUGAAGACAUUGUGAAGCAGCGUAAAGUAUCUAGCGUUUCCUAUGGGAAAACAAAGUUUAUCUCACAUUUUCUUAAAAAAAAAAAAAUCACAAUUAUAUUUUCUAUUAGGUUACUAAAAAACACCUCCUAACUUAUUUUCUGGUUUUUCAUCAAAAAUGCUUUGUAGUCCUUAAAAACUAACAGACAAUAUUUGAUGUUGGACAGAGAAAUUUGCUCUUUUUUAUACUACAGUCUUAAAUGUUUGCUUUAUUUUGACAUUGACCUUCUUAGCUAUUAUUGUGGUAUCAAUACGUAUAUUUGAAAACAACUGCAGUAGGAAAAAAUGGAAUUUUCUUAAAAUCAAAUACACUGUAGCUGUAAUGUGCAAUAUAGAACAUUUACUACAGCAGUGCUCAUAUACUAAUUUGCUACAUCAUUUGUCAUAUGGUUAAGGAGAAAAAUUAUAUAUAGCUAUUAACAAGUGUUUUAAUUUUUAGUUAACAAGUGUUUGUAAUUUUCAAAUAACUAACUGACAGACUUUGAAUGAUAUGAAAAGGGAAACAUUCAAAAUAUUAACUUUUAGACACAUUGUCCAGGGGUUUUCAUUGUUAGCAAUCCAUUUGAGAGGAUCUCUAAGGCUCUUAAACAAGUUUUUGAAGACUUGUGAAGAUCCACAUAUUGUUUUUUUGUCCACUUAAAUUUUUGUUAAAAGACCUUCAGUGACAUAUUGGACAUAGAAGAGCUCCACUUUUAUAAUACACAAAUGAUCAUGGUACCGCAGUGGUGCUGCUGAUUUUAACAGUUUAACAGUUCAUUCAAAAAUAAUUCACUUUUUUGUUUUUAUCUGCCUCAGGAGAUAUAACAAUUUUAAAAGGAAACAAAGAUAAAACAUUAAACUUAUUUUGGAAAAGAAAAUUUGGAGUUUAAGAAGAUGACAGCCACUUUCAACUUUGACUGAAAAAUGGAUGUUUUGGAGAAUAAACAGUUUUCCUCAUGAAGUUAAAGCCUGAAGAACACUGACCAACAUCAUGAAACAGACAACAGAAAGCCGUGAUGAAAAAAACAAAAAUUGGGACAGUCGCUCCGUCACGACCAUAAAUUCAAAUCGGCCAACCUGGAUGAGAUCGGAGAAAGCAGCUGCAAACAAACACAGCGCUGAGUCUGCCACAGAAGAGCACCACAGAACCGAGUCCCUCGCUGGCCCAGCUCCUGAGGGUGUGAACAGACACUGAGGAUAAAAGAAAAGAAGUAUGAUGAUCACCAAAGGAAGAAAGUCCUCUGCCUUGAAAAAAUGCUGCUCCAGCAUCCAAAGCUGAUGGUGCACAAAACAGGCAAGCAAGUACACCUGGGCCAGUCCAGUCCCCCUGCUGCAUUCCAUCUCUGCCUUGUCCUUGUCAAAAAUGGUCAUCAGUGAUUUGGUUCCCAAAUUAUGAGAGCUAAAUGUUCUAAAGGGUUGUGAGUUAAACAAGGGCAGCCCAAUAUAAUAGUGUUCAUACUGGCCAUUCUGUCAACGAGAAUGCUUCUCUUUUUUUAAAAAUAUUAUAUUUUACAUAUUUUGAGUUGAAAGACCCAAUUUGAUGUGUAUGAAGCAAUAGUCCUGAAAUCAGGUAUUUCUGAUAAAUCAGGUCUCUUGUAUCAGUUUUGCUAGAAAAUGGUAAUAUUUACUGUAGUGUUAUGGUUUAGGUUAUUUAUUUAUUAAAGUGCAAUUUAAUUUGUCUUUUGGUUAUUGUGUUUUCUUUUUGUACUUUUGUUUUUAAUGACAAAAUGGCCAGAAUGGCGUAUUCUACCUGAUACUCUAGUCCUAUAAGAGGCUUAAAGUACACAAAAUAUAGUACUUACAUAAUUAUUCUAUAUUAUGUCUACAGGAUACAAAUAAAAAACAAUGCCCCAUUAAGGUUUUACAGACGACUGUGAAACAAGUCCAUUAAGGUUUCACACUCGUCCCAAACUUAGUAUGUCUUUGUCAUGGUGAUAGGGCUGGAUUUUGCUUUAUAAACUCUGAACAUCCACUUAGGAAAAGGAGCUCCUCUUUUUCCACCUUCCCGGGGAGUGCACUGUGUGGGUCUUGUAGUUAUGUCAAGUAUGCACACUAUGUUUAAUGAGGGCCAAUUCAUUAUGGACAUUCUAUUAUGAUUAUUGCAACUGAAAUUCAAAAACUAUGUAAAAAGCUUGUAUUUAUUUUUUUGGGUGAUAAAUCAAGAAAGAUCAAUGUUUGGUUUGUUUCUGAAUAGUUUGUCCACAAUUUAUGUAACCCUUCCUGAGACUAGGAGUUAUACACACAUUUGAUCUAGACAGUUAUUAUUCAGCAAUCUCUCUCUUGAUAUAUCAUUGAAAAUUAAAUGCUUCAGAAAGUUUUUCACGUUCAACAACAUCUCACCAGUCAACUUACUUGUGAACAUGGCACUUAGCUUCCCUGCACCAAGCUAUUACAAUUCUGAUUAGGACUCAAAAUGAUCAAAUCAUGCCAAAUUGGAAACAUGCCUGCAGAUCUUUCUUCAUUUAUUAAGGUUAUAUAAAGUCAAACUGAGCAAGAUAAAAAUCAAACCAUAUUUGAGAAAUGUUUCCUGGAGGUGUAUACCAACUGUUAUUGGCUAUGUAUAAAACUUGUUACUGUAUGUACAUUGUGUGUUUUAAGAGGCAGAACAGACUACUUUUUAAUUUCUAAUAAAACAUCACUAUAAUUAUUGUGCAAAAUUGGAAAUAGGUUGGCCAGAAAGCUAAUAUCUGUGACACAAAUUCCUACUCGUCUGUUAAAAUACACUCCAUCUCUUAUUUGCCAUCUGGCUGUAUGACUAUGACCUCUUGAUCUGUCUAUUAGCCACAGAGUCGGUAGGAGUAUAGUGACAUUUACAGCGCCAUGGUGUAGAGGCCAUUCACUUUUUUCUCCCUCUUCAAAGCACACAUUGUUGAUCAAGAUUAUACUGAUCUACAGGAAGAAAUGGGUGAUGCUUUUGUUGUGUAUGCAAAUAUUAAUAUCUAUGACUUGUUUCCCCUUCCUCUUUCCUGUGUGAUGAAGGGAAAUAUGUGCACAUGUACUUUGUUGAGGUGCUGGUAACUGUGAUAGUCAAGGAAAGUAUAA